AUAUACCAAAUUAUGGAUAUCCACCAAAUUUCUUCAUGCCGUCAGCUGUUCCAAACUAUCAUCCAUAUCAUGGAUCGAUGAUGUCGUAUUCAUCUCAAGCACCCUCUUAUUCUUCUGCUCCAAUGGGUAAUGAAACUAAUACAAGUGUUGGAGCAACUGAAUUUCCUGAAUUUUCUACACAAAUGGCUCUUGGUGGUAUGAGCAAUGUUCAUGAAACCAUUCCAAAUGAAGAAGAUUCAACUCCUGCUCGUCCGAGAAGCUCCAAAUGGACCACUGAACAAAAUUUGGUGCUACUGAGUGGGUGGAUAAAAUAUGGAACAGAUAGUGUCGUUGACAGAAACCAAAAAGGAGAUUCAUAUUGGGGUAAAAUUGCUGAGUACUGUAAUGAGCAUGGCUCAUUUGAUACUCCGCGCGAUGGAGUUUCGUGUAGAAAUCACUACAACUACGUGAACAAAAGCUUGGGCAAAUGGGUUGGCGCUUACGAUAACGCUAAACGCAUGCAACGAAGCGGGUGGUCGGAGGAUGAUGUAUUGGCGAAAGCGCAUGAACUAUAUUCAAGUGCUGGUAAUGGAAAUUUCAAAUAUAUAAAAGAGUGGCUCGCAAUCCGUGAUCAACCACGUUAUGGUAGUCAAGUAGGAGGAAAUACUGGCUCUGGAAGCAGUGGAUCUAAGAGAGCCCACGAGAGUGAUGCUAGUGACACCAACUCUGUAGGAUCUAGUACUCGUCCAAUGGGGAGGGAUGCUGCUAAGAAAAAGGCUAAAAAGAAAGGUAAGGGUGCAGCCUUGGAAGUGGUAAACGAAGAAUGGAAUGAAUUCAAACAAUUAAAGAUGCAAGAGUUGGCUCGAUUGAACAACAUAGCCAUGUUGCAAAGGGAGACAAACGAGUUGAUUAAGGAAAAGACCCAGGCUAAGAAGAUGAAGAUGUAUCUCAAGCUAACUGAAAAGGAACAUCUCGACGACAAGGGCAAAGAGCUAUUGCAGAAGCUGAGCCACGAUUUAUUUGGAAAUUAAUUGUUGUCAAGUGGCUAUUUGUAGCUUGUCACUUCAUGCUUUAAUAAUGUGUGUUUGUCAUU